AUGGAGAUACUACGAGCAGACCAGAACCAUAACUUCUUCAAGGGUAAGCGGAAUUGACUUUGGUUUUGAUUUGCUUAGGUAUCUCGGGGUAAAACAUGUGGAAAAGGGAGAUUGAGUGGCCUAAAAAUGAGAAAUAUGGGUGUUUUAUGUGUAUGAGGGCCUGUUUUAGUUAUCAGAUGGUAAGAGUCGACAGGAUUUGCGGAAAAUUAAAUGAUUUGAGGUGUUUUUGAGAUCUGAUCCAUCUGGAUAUAAGUUAGGUUAAAAAAAUGAAGUAAUUGCCGAUUAUUUAUUGAAAAGAAUUUAUUUGGACGUGAUUGGAUAGAAGAAGUUGUAAAUUUUUUUUUUCGAAGGCUUUGGCUUGAAUAAUCCACGGUUUUCGCCAUGGAUAACAUAAAAGGCUUCACUUUUUGCCGAAAAUUUUGUGAUUCUCUGUCAGAAACCGUCUUUGUUGGAUUUUCCAGAUCCAUUUGGACGAGACAUUGAAAUUCCUUUCGUAUUUUACCCUACUUUCUUUCCUUCACCUUCAAAAAAACGAAAAUCGCAUGAAUUUGGAAAUGGAAUAGGGUAGUUUUAUUUGGCAUGAUUCAUCUUCAUUCUGACUGCAACAAGGAAGAAAAACAGAAUGAGCAAAAGCCAUAUGACCUAUCGUUUACGAGAAACAGCGAUUUUCAAGUCUAACGAGAUAACAUCUAGAAUUUGCGGGAGAAAAAACGUAAUUUAGUUGGGGAAACUAGCGUGAAUUUGAUAAACAGCGAGCUGAACGUUUGCUGGAAUUGUCAAAUUAGUUGUAUAAAGACUUCUUAUGAUAGCCUGACGCGUUUGAAAAGUAAUGAAGUGUAGUUUUGGCUAUUGGUCGAUCGUCCUGGCAUUAUAUUACACUUGGGUAUCAAGGGUAAUAUAAUACGUAAAAAACUUGGGUUUUUGAUUUUAAGAAGGGUUCUCGUUGUCAGAGUAUGGCUGGUUUUAGUCUAGAAUUUAAUUUUACAAUCAAUUUUACAGUCUAUGAUCUAUUUUUGAUCUUGAUCUUCACCAUGAGUGAAAUUGUAAAACUUUUGUUUUCAAAUUUUUUGAUGAUAGCCUAAAACCUUCAUAAACAAAAGGAUUAGGUCACGUUUGAUGUAGCCUCUCUAAUACUGGCUUAUAACACUCAAUAUACGCAGGUUUAUCCUUGACUUUCCUUUAAAAUCACCUUUGAGGUCACGUCUAACAUAAAAUAAUCUCGCCUCUCACGCUGAUCCUCAGUUUGCACUCUUCUAAGACGCUCAAAAUAGCCUAGGGAUUAUAACAGCUCUUCCUCAGGAUUAUGGCGCCUCUUUUUCCGUCUUUCUUUACCGUAAUCUUGGGCAACUGACUCCGAAUAUAAAAGCCCAAAGUUUUCGCGAACAACUCGCGUUUUUUGUUUUUGUAUACACAGCGUUUGGGGGCUGCCUCGACCCCUUCAACAGCGCCUCUUUCUCUUUCCCCGUCUUUGCUCAAAUCACGGAGAAAAUUUUUUGACUCUAAAGCGGACUUUUUAUCGAUUUUUUCGUCGUCUUCCAAUCUUUAUUUCGCCCCUUUUCCUGCUCUAAAAGCACUGGCGGAGCGCGAUUUUGCCGCGUAAUUUGAAAACAUUCCAAGUAACAUGGUUUUACAUUAGUUUUUGAUCAAUUUUUCUAUUGUUUUACCUUAUUUUAGUGGGUAAAAUGAAAUAUCCUUGAUUUUCGUUAUACUCUUCUUGAUUUGAGGGAGUGUGGAGGCUUGAAAUGAGUGAGUCAUUGGACGUCAUAACUGUUUAUAUAUUAUAAACUUGAUAUAGAUUUAAAAUACGAGGAUUGCCGUUCGAUUUCUGGAAGGAAUUUUUCAUUUUUUUAUGAUUUGUUUUUGGUUUUGAGUAGAUUAAAGGUAAUUUUCGAGUCGUUAGUGGAAGGAGUUGUGGUCAGAAAAGGCUCUUCGGGUCUGUAAUCUGGUUUGGAAUACUGUAACUUUGGUUUUUCGUUGAUCUUUAAUGGGAGUUUCGGUUCGACAGACUUUUUAAAUUUUUAUGGCUGGCCUUCAAUAAUUUCGGAUUGUUUUUCGGUUCUCAUCUCCUUUUUCAUGUCCUCAACUUUUUAUCAAACAGUUUUUGAACUGUUGAGGCCUUUAUUUUUUUGUUGAUCAACGAUCGGAUUAAUUCAUACAAAAAAUUAAUUAAUUUUUCGAUUAAAACUCGGAAUUUUGAUCUCUCUCCCCAUCCAUUUGUCAUGUUCUUAAUAACGAACGGCUUUGGUUAUCAGAAUCUUUGCCUUUCCUAUUCCUAAUGAUUAAAAAUACAGUAUCCGGGGGGCUUUUUUCGGAUUCGAAAUGCAGUUUUUUGAAGGCGUUCGGAUGAUUCAUUUUGAAUAAAGAGCUCUGGGUUUUAUCUCUUCUCAGAUCUGCAAAGGGAUUCUUCUGAUUAGGGGGGAUUCAUAGAUGUUUAUUUUUGAAUUGAGAGUGAUAAAAUAAGCAGUCAAUUGUUAGAGUUAAAAUUUUUAAUUGAAGAAGAGGUAGCUCAGUAUAAUAUAGGAUUUUCUGAUGAUAUGGUUGAUUUGUGAGGUGUAAAAACAGCUUAUGAAGUUCAAAAACAGCUAACUGUGACCUUAAUUGACCUCUUUUUAAGUAUUAAUUUGCUGUUUUGUUGUGAGCGUCUAGUGUUAUAUCACAGAUUUGAUGUCUGCACUCUUGUAAGACUGAUGCAAAGACCAAUUGUCUUGGCGGAGCAGUUUACAGUGACGUACCCGAUCCAGUGGCGAAAAACGUACCAUUUUCCAUCCGGGAAGCAUCAAAAAUGUGGCAAUAUGUUUCCCUCUCCAAGUGAAAAAAAACUUUGUUUUUAAAAACUUUCACUUGGAGAGGGAAGCAUUUUGCCACAUUUUUGAUACUUCCCGGACGAAAAAUGGUACGUUUUUACCACUGGAUCAGGUCCCCCACUGUAAGUUUUGCCUCGCAUCUUUCGCUUUAUUUUCAUUCUUUUCAAACCCUACACUAGACACCUAGUACAAUAUCAGAGUCAUCCGUCUAGACACGUGACCUAUUCAAAGACCAAUUGCAUGCCUUAAUGACCUCUGAUGCUUUGAUAUUUGAUUUCCAAUUGGAUUCAUGAUUCGUUGUUUACUUCCGGUCUCGUGACUCCAUCCCUCGAGUCGUUCCUCCUUAUUGAAAGUUUUCCCAAUUGGGAGAAAUGUCGAGAAACGUUGGCGAUAAGAUACGGUCGGAAGAGGCAGAGAUUGGCUUAUACAUGUAAAUAGAAAUUAUUUUGAUAUACAUGUUGGAGUAUAUAAUAUUUGGUCGGGGGAGUAUUUGAACAGCAUUUUUUGGGGUGGAUUCUAAUAAAAACUGCUGAAUUUCGAUUAAAAACAAAGGGAAGUAAUUUUGUGGGAUAGAAAUAUGGUAAAGAAUUUGAGAAUUUUUAGUUAAAUUACCUUAUUUUAGAUACUUUUUGUAAAAUUUUUAAUUUUGCCAAAUUUUAUGUGUUUCAUGUCAAACUUUUAUGACUAAAUAAUGGCUUGUGACGUCUCACGUCACCCACUGUUAUCUUUUUAGUAGACAUCCGGUUCGAUCUUUACGUCACAAUGAAAGUCAAAUAUAUCAUCUUUUGUACUCAAAAUUUUGAUAAAAAUGUAUAUUAUUCAUCAAUUCCUGUAUUCCCGGAUCUCAAAUAAGUUAAAUAGACAUCAAACCCCCUGUCAAUCCAAACAGUCAAUAUAAAAAAAUCAGUGGGCGCACUCAGAACAGCAUUCGAGAGAAAAUUCUUUGAUUUUUCUUUCCUUUUUGGCUUUUGAUGGGAUUAUGCGGUUGGGGCUACGGUAGCGAAGGGAAGUCAAAAUACAAACUUUAAAGAAAAUGCUAAUUCGUAAGUAAAGAGAGGCAAGGGGUGUUGUUCAGAGAGUGGAAUUUUGAUUUUAGCGGUUUUGAAAAAUUUUGGCAUAGGUGUUAAAAUUUAAAUUAAAAUGUUGAUUUAUUAUAUAUUUUGGGGGUUUGAAGGAUCAGGGGACAUACAUUUGCUAUAUUUUUAUUUUUUGUCUUUGAUGUUGCGGACCUUUUAUACGAUGAAAGGUGUUCGAAAAUUCAUGCAAAUUUGAUCGUAUAAAAUGUCACCAUGGUUGUGAAUGCCGGCUAGAGUACUGAUUAUCGCAUAAGUUGUGUUUUAAAAUUUAAUGGGCCAUUUUUAUGACCUCUUCUUUUCCAGAAAUGAACCUUGAAGAAGACAAAGACAGGACGCUAACGGCCGAAAGCUUCGAGCCCUUCCAAGCCCAGGAAAUCAGCGACUUCAACUACUCUAUCCGUCGCCCCACCUCGAUCCCCAUCGACAAACGCCAGCAUGUUCACGUUCCCUUCACCCAGAGUCCCAUCGGUGCUACGCUGAACGCGGAAUUGGGUGCCGAUCUUCACCGCACGGUGCAGUCAGAGCCUUUCAAUUUGAGUCAGAAAGGCGAACCUGCAGUGAUUUCCGAUAUUCGAGUGUAUCUUCCGGAUGGAAAAGGUGAGCUUUUUUUAUUUAGUUCUAUUGAUUUUUACAAUUUUUUGCGGAAGGGACAAGUUAUACAAUGAAAAUGUUUGGGGGUGUUUUUGUCGUAUAAAACAGUAUGGCUAGUACAAGAUUGAGUGUAAAAUGUAAAAUACGGUAAUAUGUCUUUCCUUUAUCGUUUGUUUUGUGUGUGGACAAGUUAUACGACGGAACAUGUUUGAAAGGUUUUAUCGUAUAAGAUGUCUCCUAAUUUGUUCUCGAUGAUUAAUUGCAGUACUUUGUAAAAUACGCUGUGUUUAAAAUAAUUUGCGUAUCUUUUAGCACUCCAAAUCCCAGUGGAGGAUGCCGAGACAGCGAUGUCCGCCGAACUCCUCUCCGCAAUAACAGAUCACUUGGAGAUUGAGGAGGACGUCGGUGCCGAAGCAUUGGCCCUAUGGCUCAUCUCCCCCCUCUUGGAGAUCCAGUUGAAACCCCAUCACAAGGUGUAUGCCAUCCGUCAAAAAUGGGCCGCCUUGCUCCGCCGCUUCUCAUUGGCUAGCGAGGACCAGAUUACCUAUGAUGAACCGCUACUUGUGAUUCGAAGAAAUGUUCAUUUGUCGGUUGUGGCAGAAAUUGAAGUGAGUUUUGAUUUUGAUAUUGUAGUAGGUGUUAGAUGGAAAAAAAUGAAGUAGAAGGUCAAUUUCGGAAUUGUUUUUAGUAUGAAGAUCAAUUUGAAUGCCUAACUGAAGUCCUCUACCUGCACGCGAAAGAUGAAUACUUGAGCGGACGGUAUAUUGUCGAUAUGGAACAAAGCCGGAAAUUGGCGGCCCUGCUGAUGGCUGUCGAACAUGGCACAUUCGACAAGGACCAAGAGGCCAUGGAGGUUUUAAGGUGAGUUUUCAGAUAAUUUUGCUCUUUUUUUACUAUUUGAGCCGUUAAAUUUUGAAAAUAUUUUUUUUUUGAGUCCCACCACGAAGAUUUGAAAUUUAUUUUUGGAUAGAAUAAGAUGAAUAAUGCUGAAUCAGAGUGUAUUUUAAGUGCAAUAACAGAUUUUUAAAAUCGUAUUGGGUUUUAUUUACAGUAUGACAAAGUUUGGGUAUCACCAAGAUAACUUGUUUUCCCUGAUUUAUUUUACCUCAAAAUAGCUCAAUAUGAACAGGAAAAAUGCUUAUCUAAUCUUGGGUAAUUAAUUAAAUUUCCCCAAUUUUCAGCGAGGAACUGCCCAAUCUUAUCCCUCAACACCUGAUCAACAAGUGCAAAUCAUUCUUUUUGUUUGGCCUGAACUCGAUGGAAUGUAAAAAGGGAUGUGAAAGACAGAUCCUCAACGAAUACAAAGCAGUAUUAGAGGAUCUGCAGGACAAUCAUCAAAGGAGGAAGUCCUUUUUGAACAUUCUCCGAAGAAAUCCUUGCUAUGGGUAAGUGGAAAAACUGGGAUUUGGUAGUUUAUUGGUUGGUGUGUUCGGACGUCAUGUGGAUUACAGUGACCUGAUCCAGUGGCAAAAAACGUACCACUUUGCAUCCGGGAAGCAUAAAAAAUGUGGCAAAAUGCUUCCCUCUCCAAGUGAAAAAACUUCGGUUUGAAGGGGGGCUUUUGAAAUCGGGGUUUUUUCACUUGGAGAAGGAAGCAUUUUGUCGCAUUUUUGAUACUUCCCGGAUGCAAAAUGGUACGUUUUUUGCCACUGGGUCAGGUCUCCUACUGUAUGUUUGCCGCAUGAUUUUGGAUGGUAUAGGCAUAGGAGGGAUUGUUUUUUUGUGAGAAUUUGAAGUAAGAUUACAAAAACAAAACAAGUCUUUAUGAUGUGUUUCAUUGUCUAUAGAACAAAGGCUUUGUGAAAAGCCGAACACUCGAAUUUUGUACCAUGAUCGGGAGAAUUUUCAUAUAAGAAAUAUUGGCUAUCUUAUAAUGAAAAACUAUAAAUUUAUUUUUCAGUGCCGCCUUUUUCUACGGCAGCAUAGAUCGGCGGCCGGCCAGCUCUUGGCUCGCGGCAACGAAACGAUUCUUCUCCCAACAGCAGCAACUGGAAAUUCGAAUUGGAAUCAACAAUGAGUUGAUUACGGUAGCGGACGAUAAGACCAACGAAUUGUUGUUGACCAGAAGGGUCCUCGAUUGCUCAUGGUUCAGCUCGCAAGAGUAGGUUUUUCGGAGAGCAUUGGUUUUAUUUUUAAGCGCCAUUUUAUACGAUGAAAAGUGUUUUUUGAAAUUUAAAAGUUUGAUCGUAUAAAAUGUCACUUCGUAUAAUUUUUCGAUCUAAUGGUGUAUAUUUUGCAGAGACAAUCUUGAUGAAGAAAUUCCAUCCUUCUUUUUGCACUUCCCCGACGAUUCGGUCCUAGAAAAAAUGGAUGAAUCCGAACUUUCGGGUCACGAAUCAGAGAUGGACGGAUGCAGUGGCGCCUCCAUCGCUGACGACCUCGUCACCCGCCUCAUCCAAGUCUUUUCGAAGCAGGCCUCCCUCAUUGACGCACUGCUGGUGUCGAUCAAAGACCGCACUACCUCAGACUACGGCUCCAACGAAGAUAUCUCUAUAGAAUCCCCAGAAUCUCAAAGCACAGAGGAUCCGGUAAGAUUUUUUUUGGUUUUUUUUUUAUUUUGUGGUUUAUUUGAGAGUUAAAUGAGUCUGGAGGAGGGUUAGAAGUGUUUUUAUUGGGGUUUUCUAAAUUUUAGAGCGGAAAUUGAUAAUUUUUUUUGUGUUUGAAAAGUUGGGGGUCCGAUGUACGGUAAAACAAGGUUUUUGAAUCGAAUAAAGUCUAUGAAGUGGCUUUUAGCUGAUUUUCGGGAGUUUUAGAGUGAAAAUUUUAAUGAAAAUUUUGGGUAGUACAAUAUAAUUGAGUCUCGAUUUUAGGGCAAAUAUGGGGUUUUUAUGCAAAAAGAUGAUUUCAAAGUUUGUUUAAAAAAAUUUCAUGACUUAUCAUAACCAUUGCAGAUCUCACUCCCCGCCCAUUCCCACAAAACCCUGAGCACGCGCUCGGUGGCCUCAUCCCGAAAUUCGUUGGCCAAGUCGACCCGCAGCAACUGGUCCACCUUCUCCAACAUGAGCACCUACUCCAACUCGAAGCUCUCCAAACUUUGUGUGGCGACCAUCGACCCCGAGGGCAAAUGCACCGAGGCGCACGGUGCGUUGCGCCGCCUUCUGGAAUGCAACUGAUUACUCGCAUUUUUCUUUGUUAAAUUAUUGUUUUUUUCCAAUUACUGUCGGGCGUAGUGUAGUCGAAGUGAUGUCCAGAAGCGAGGAAAGGGAUUUUGGAGGUAUGAAGGGGAAUUUGAAAAAUUUUGAAAGGCUUUUUUGAGAUUUUUUGGGGUUUUUUGCCAAGUUUUUACGAUUUUUUCGCCAAAUUUUGGGAUUUUUCGCCAAAUUUUGGUGAUUUUUCGACAAUUCGUACCUAAAAAAUCUCAAAAAGAAAAAAAGCCACGAAUUUUUUUUAGUCUCUCUGUUCUUUCAGACUCCGAUUCCUCGCUCAAUCAAGGCCCUUUCGAUUGUGUACACAGGAUAG